CGAAUGCGUUCCUUGUUGACCUCCUAUAUCCUGGGAUAUACUAGUCGACAAACACGUACCAAAAUAUGCUUGAUGUCAUGAGGCAGGCGGACAUCUGCAUCCUUUCUCCGCAGUUGACAGGCCCGCCGCCGGCUCCAUACUGGUUCCUCAGCGCUCAGUCCCUCAUGGCACAUCCACAAUUCCACAUGAGCUAGAGACUAGAGUAAGGUAGGGCGACACGAAACCUUAUCAAAGUUAUCAUAUUUGCGAGAAAGUGGAGUGGCAUCCUGUUCGAACCUGAGCUCCUGGCUUCAUGGGCGGGAGGAACAAUGGUAGAGGCUGCCCACUUCGACUCCACGGCUGUCAAAUAGUCAAAUCUCGAUCCAGGAAAUCGAGCUACCUGGCCACUACAACAGUCAUCACCUUUUCGAUCCUCAACUUCAUACACACCACACUCCCAAUGACGGUAUGGGCCGCCAAUUCUGCCGCUCAUAUGCGGGCUUCAACGCGCCUCUGCCACUCGGUCCUCCUUCGUCAUCAUACCACAUCCCCGGCCGUGAGGUGCCGGGGAGGAAAAGGUGGCAUGGAUUUCUGCGGUAUCAUAGGGAAGCUCAACGGCGAGCAUGCAUUACAGUACUUUCUAGCCGGCUGUGUAUUGAUCUACACGGAAGAAAGCACUUUUGCCCUCGGUCCGUGCUACACGUAUUGCUGGUCAAUUUGCAAAUUGCGUAAGCCGCGGCAGGAAAUGAACAAAUGAAACUCUUCCAGUGCCUGUCCCGAAUGUCUCUUCAUUUAAUUGUCAAAAAUCAGGAGUUCUUCUCACG